CGGAAGAGUGGAGAGAGAGAGACGUUUUCCUUUCCAUCUCUUUCCAAAACCCUCAGAAAUCGUAAUUUAAAAAACCCCAAUCAGAUAUAAAAACCAUCCAAAUUCUAUUCUAUUCUACUGCAAACCACUGCAAAUCAGAAUCCUUGCUGAAACUCGUAGAAUCGCCUUCUUUGAAUCCCGAAAGCAUGGGUUCUGAUGAGGACAUGGAAGACUAUGGAUUUGAGUAUUCCGAGGAAGAACCUGAGGAGCAGGAUGUUGAUAUCGGAAAUCAGUACUAUAACUCAAAAGGCUUGGUGGAAACUGAUCCAGAGGGAGCACUUGCUGGUUUUGCUGAAGUAGUUCGCAUGGAACCAGAGAAGGUAGAGUGGGGAUUCAAAGCUCUAAAGCAAACUGUUAAGCUCUAUUAUCGGUUAGGGAAGUAUAAAGAGAUGAUGGACACUUAUAGGGUGAUGUUGACGUACAUUAAGUCAGCUGUAACACGGAACUACAGUGAAAAAUGCAUAAACAACAUAAUGGACUUUGUUUCUGGGUCUGCAAGUCAGAACUUUGAUCUUCUACAAGAGUUCUAUCAGACCACACUGAAGGCCCUUGAAGAGGAAAAGAAUGAGAGACUCUGGUUUAAGACGAAUCUUAAGCUUUGCAAGAUUUGUUUUGACAGAAGAGAAUAUGGACGGAUGAGUAAGAUCUUGAAGGAACUACACAAAUCUUGUCGGCGAGAGGAUGGUACAGAUGAUCAUAAGAAAGGCACACAACUUUUGGAGGUCUAUGCUAUUGAAAUACAAAUGUAUACUGAAACAAAUAAUAACAAAAAACUCAAGCAACUAUACCAGAAAGCACUUUCGAUAAAAUCAGCAAUACCCCAUCCACGGAUCAUGGGAAUAAUUCAUGAGUUUGGUGGAAAGAUGCACAUGGCAGAGCGCCAAUGGCCAGAGGCAGCAACUGAUUUCUUUGAAGCCUUUAAGAACUACGAUGAAGCUGGGAACCAAAGGCGUAUUCAAUGCCUGAAGUAUUUGGUUCUGGCCAACAUGCUAAUGGAAUCUGAAGUGAACCCUUUUGAUGGACAAGAGGCAAAACCAUACAAAAAUGACCCCGAAAUCUUAGCGAUGACAAAUCUGAUAGCGGCAUAUCAACGGAAUGAUAUAAUGGAGUUUGAGAAAAUCUUGAAGAGUAACAGAAGAACGAUCAUGGACGAUCCGUUCAUCCGAAAUUAUAUUGAAGAUCUGUUGAAGAAUAUCAGAACCCAAGUAUUACUUAAGCUUAUCAAGCCGUACACGAGAAUCAGAAUCCCCUUCAUAUCAAUGGAGCUCAAUGUGCCGGAAAAAGAAGUUGAGUCGCUUUUAGUCUCCCUAAUUUUGGACAACCGAGUUCAUGGGAACAUCGAUCAAGUGAAACGGCUAUUUGAGCGCGGUGACAGAUCGAAGGGGAUAAAGAAAUAUGCUGCAAUAGAUAAAUGGAACACCCAGCUUAGGUCUCUAUACCAAACAGUCACUAACGAGAUAGGUUGAAGAUUCAAGAGGCACAACACACAUCCAUGUUUUGGAGUUCCAUUUUCUGGAACUACAAAUGUGGUGGAAAUCGGGCAUUUGGGAGGCUUUUCAUUCAUCCCGAAAUCCCAUUUCAUAAAUUGUAUUUGAAGCGUUCGACAAGUUGUGAAUAACAAGGUUUUUUUUUUUUUCUCUUCUUCCUUUUUUCGUGUUCGAUUCUUGAGGGGAUUCGUGUAAGCGAAUGUGCAAUUCGAGUAUAUAUUCAUUUUGGAUCACAAAAUGCAAAUGGACAGGCAAGGGCUGUUUCUCAUUUGUCGUUUGGAUCAACCUAUAUGUAUUUUUUUCGGGCAUCAUGAUUACAGGUAUAUAGCUAUUUGGAUGGCU